AGCAAAUCCUGGGAUUUUCUGGACCUCAAAACACCGGGAUCCCGGGAUUCGCAUCCCUAGUAUGUACAUAUGAGCAUCUAACACACGUACCUUUACUACUACGUCGGUUUAAAUAAAACGAUGUAUGCAAAUGAAAUGACGCCAUUUUUCAAUUAAAUUAUUCAUAACACUUUUAUAUGCAUUAUUAAUUGGGUGCAAGGCUAUAAAUUACUUUCAGCAAUUGGUUGCUACAAUUUACGUUUGUAAAAUAUUUGUAAACAUCCAUGCAGCAAUAUUGUUGAAAAUCAAAAUACCAGUGCAUCGGUAGUAAAAAUGCAUAUGCAACCAACUUAAGUCAUUGCUUUUAUUAGUUACAAAUUGUAUAAGUUACUAUUGGAAUAUAAAAAUUAUUAAAACAUUGAACAGGUGUUACCCCGACAUUUACGUACAUAACUAUGUGCAUUGUUUUAAUCUAGUAGUCAAGGUUCCAAAGAGGCAUAUUGUAUGUCUGUGUCAUUAACGACGGAGCAGUUUGAGCGUUUGAUACGUGCUGUUCAUACCACAAACGAUCGCACGGGAACGUUUAGCACCUGUAAUGCGCGAUACAAUGGUGAACGAAAUCCUUCUAAAGUAGAAGAAUUUAUUGCUGCAAUUUCGACGUUCAAAACGGUAGAGAAAAUCAACGACGUUGACGCUAUUAAAGGUAUGCCAAUGUUGCUUGAGGGUGAUGCUGCAGAGUGGUGGCGUGGUGUUAAGGAUGAGUUUGCUGAUUUUGCCGACGUCGUACGCAGGCUGCGCGAAAGCUUUUCACCACCAAAGCCAGCAUGGCGUAUUUAUUCUGAAAUUUUUGAUAUAAAGCAAAAUAAGACCGAGCCUACGGACACCUUCAUUAGGAAGAAGCGAGCAUUAUUUUCGCAGCUGCAGAAUGUUCCUGCCGAAGCAGAACAACUAGACAUGCUGUUUGGUAUGUUGCACGCGCAAAUCCGUAAGAGAGUAAGCCGGCAAAAGGUUUCGUCUUAUGAGCAAUUACUUAGUGAAGCACGAGAGGCUGAACAUUUUGUAAGCGAGCGUAAAACGGUGAAUUGCGAACAUGUUCCAAAGAGUGCGAGUGUUGCUGAAGUAGCUCUACGUUGUAAUUUUUGCCGCAAGAAGGGGCACACGCUAGAAAAUUGCUUCAAAAGGCAAAAAGCUAAGGCUGCUGAAGCUCAGUCAGCUGCUAUUGCACAGGCCGUAGCUGUGAAGCCCAAAUUUGCAUGUUAUGGGUGUAACGCGCCAGGUUUUACUCGCGUAAAUUGCACAACUUGUCGCAAUAAAAAUCAACCCGCUGGCGAUUUCGCAAAUUUCAACAAUUUGACUGCUCGUGGUAUUGAAAGAGACAUUCCUGUGGUAAACGUUCAUCUUUUUGGUGUUCCAGGUCAAGUAUUUUUCGAUUUUGGUGCACGUACAAGCGUAGCGAGCGCAAACUCGAAGUCCGUCAUGGAUUUCAAGGGAUGCAAAUACCGAAAUGUUAAAUGUGAGAUUACUCUAGCUGAUGGUAGUACAUCCACUCAAGCGUGCUUAUCCACCGUCUGCGAAAUUUUGAUUGGUGGACGUCGUCUCAACAUCGAGUUUAUUAUUUUGCCUAAUGCGUGCGGUAACCGUACUCUUAUAGGUAUGGAUUUUCUCGAGCAGGCUGGUAUAGUCCUGAAUAUGGGUCAAAGGUAUUGGUACUUUGAGAGUGAUCCAAUGCAACACUUCGAUUUCGCGCCUGCUUUGCCUCUGAAGUUAAAUUUUAUAGAGACUGUUAAAGUGUCAAGCACACGACCGAAAAGAGUAGCGGAGGAAGAGCCAGAGAGGGAAGUAGAUCGUUCGAAAAUGUACAUGUCUGAGUUCGAAUCUUACGGUCCAGAGUUUUCUGACAAUGAGUACUCACCGCACUCCGUACAAGCUAUUUUUAAAGACGCGUUACCAGCUGAUGCUGUUACUCCGGAAAGGAAAUUACUGCCAUCCCUUUUCAAUGGCUUGAUUUACAAUAUCGGAAAUUAUGACGAUAGCGAUUUCACUAGGCUAUACUCCAUCGACUUCAAGUUGGUGAAACCAUCUGAUGGCAACGGCUUGAACCAGGAGCAGAAAAGGCAGCUCGACAGCGUUCUUUAGGCCCAUGCAGAAGCAUUUG